AAAAACUCAAAAAUGGAUUGUCAAGUUAAUAAAGAUCCAAAAACAGGAAUUGCUAAGGCUGUUAAUUGUGGAGUAUCAGUCGGAGAUGAAAAAGUCAACGCACGUGUCGGAGUUUUUGACAAGGGCGUUUUUGGAGCAGUGAAUGUAAAGACCGAAACAGGCCAUUCAGCGUCAUUGGGUGUUAAGCAUAUUCCCAAUUAUCAUAUGACCACCGUGAAUGCCAGUGGCAGUGCCAACCUCUACACUUCGCCCAGUGGCAAUCUAAACGUGGGUGCCACAGCAAACGCAAUGCGCCACACCAGCGGACCUUUCAGGGGUAAAUCCGAUAUGGGGUGCGGUCUAAAUAUGCAAUAUAAAUUUUAGAAAGCCAAAUGUCAAAAGUUGUAAAAAUAUAUGUAUUCAAUAUUGAAA